AUUGACUAUAAUCUCGAAUUAAUAAAUAAACAACAGGCCGUGAACCUAUAUUAGGAUCAAGAAAUGAGUGGAGGAUAGUUCAUUAAUUCAAGUUUUUAUUGUAAUAACGCAGACCGAAUAUGUAUUUUUUUAAUGUUCAAAGUUAAAAAUAAGUAAAAUAUGAUAAUAGCAUAUCUUAAAUAAUGAAUUUCGUAUGAAUUAACGGUAGUUGGAUUUUGUGAUUUGAAAUUCUAUUCCAGCUAAAACUCUCUUUCGCUGUUUCCCUAUCUUCUGUGGAUAUAUUAUUCAAAAUCAUGUCCGAGCAAACUAUAUGCAUUUUAAUCUUUGUACUGUUUGCAAUAUAAUUAUUAGCAUUACGAUACAAAGUUUUAUUGAUAUUCUACACGCUUUGAUAACCCCGCCCAUGUGUGUCAGUUACACUUCCGAUAAGCAGAGUUAUACUUUUAGAGGGUCGCUGUCCAUUCUAAUCAUUUCCAACUGUCACUUCGUCGUGUUGCCUUGAGAAGCCAUAGAUCAACGUCUCUUUACACGCUUGGUGUGUGUGUGUGUGUGUGUUGAUCAUUUGUGACAUCUGCGUCAAUGGAAAAAGCAGAGAUUUCCGUAUUGAAGGAUGGAUUUCAACUCGAAAUCCCGAAUGCAGAGCCAAUCACAAUUUUCCACCAGUGGCUGCGCGAUCAUUGCAGAUGUGCCGAAUGCUACAAUGAUACAACGAAUCAGCGCAAGCUCAGUAUUCUCGAUUUUCCCCCGGAUAUAUUUCCUCGUGAAUACAAUCUCUCUGACGGAGUGCUCGACGUCAUUUGGGACGGAGGUCACAGAUCAAAAUACCAAAUCUCUUGGCUGGUGAAGAAUGCUAGAUUUUUGGGCGACAACCAAGAGCGAAAAAUCACCCCUGUUCCUUGGCUCAAGCUCCCGGAUGUUGCAAGGGUGGAAUCGAAUUCCUACAUGAACACGGACGCAGGUUUAUCCGAGGUUCUUUCGUCCCUGCUGAGAUAUGGAGUGGCGUUUGUCACCGGUGUAGAAGCUACCCUCACCGUUACCGAAAAAGUGAUAACCAGAAUGGCGCCUGUACAAAAAACUUUUUUCGGCGAAAUGUGGGAAGUUCAUAACGAGGAAAUUGCCGAUGCCAGUGAAGUCGCAUUGGAGACCGACAUAAAGCCGCACUAUGACACUGCAUACACAAGCAUCGCCCUUGGUGCUCAUACAGACAAUACCUACUGGUGCGACGCUGCAGGCCUGCAAGUUUUUCAUGGUCUGGAGCCUGCGAGAAUCGGAGGAGAAACGCUCCUCGUAGAUGGCCUGAACGUUAGUAUGCAGCUGAAACAGAGGUAUCCGGAAUCUUACGAGAGACUGACGCGGAUGCCGGUUUCUGCGACCUAUGUGGAAGAAGGUCAGCACCAUACGCACGUGGAUCCGAUCCUGAAACUCCACCCCGUCACUAGGGAGCUUUUGCAAAUCAGAUUUAAUCUCUACGAUCGUUCUGUGCUGAGAACUCUUCCUCGUGAUCAGAUACAGCAACACUAUAACGAUCUGCGCCUCAUAGCUGCUAUUGUGGCCGACAAAGAGGGGGAAAACCGCGUGAAACUUUCGCCUGGAGAAGUAAUUUUCAUUGACAACUGGAGAGUAAUGCAUGGCCGGACCGCGUAUUCUGGUUCCAGACUACUUGCUGGUGGUUACGUGUCACGUACCGAUUGGCGAAGUAGAGCUGCAGUCAUGGGUCUGCUUGAUAAUUGAGGAUGAUGGCAAGAGUCUGUCCUCAACGAUCUCUGGCAAAUUGUCUUCUAGGGAAGGUUCGAACCUUGUUGAUGUAGAGGUAGACGCUUUUGCCCGACGACCAUUAAUGCCAGUAGUAGAAUUCAAUUCCAUAUUUGUUUUUACGGGAAUAUCAGGCAUCGCUAAAUCUCCGUCAGUUUUUUCACAAGUCAAUGGCUGAACAGAAUUGUCCUCGUCGUUGUGUCGGUUUUCCAUUAUGUCAAUCCUGGGUGGCUUUUGAUGAAGACUGUUUGUACCUUCCAGGUCCUUAAAAACCACAACAUUUACAUGUACCUCACAAUAACUAGUCCUUUCAUAUUUUUGAAUUUUUUUAUAUCUGAAGAAUUUUUGCUUUGCUUCAGCAAAAAGCUAAUUUUAAAUGAAGUAGAUCAAAUUUUGCCAGAUUUAACGAAUACUGUUUAUUUUAUUCUAUAUUUAUAUCCAGUAGUGGUUAAACAGCACAUAAGGAUAAUGGAAAAAAAAAAUUGAAACGGAACUUGUUUCCCUGCAUCAUUUAACAUUUUGCAAUAUUACAACACCCAUACGUCUUGAAUAUUUUUGGGAACCAAUCCCAAACUGUCUAACAUUCCAGUCGCCUCGGAAUCCUCGGUAGGGUAAGCUGAUAUCCUUUUACAUUUGAUCAAAUGCGUCGCUGCAAAAGAACCGAAAGAUGUUAUCAGAAUAUAAAAUUGGAUAUAAAAAAUGA